AUGUAUAAUCAAGAUGACUCAUCAGGCGUUUCAUCGUGUUGUACCGGCUCAGAGCACUUGAAUCCAACGCAUCGUGUGCAUUCGGCAUUCAUACCUCGACACGACGACGAAGUAUUGCUCGAGAUUGGCGAUGCUGUCCACGUGGAGAGGGAAUGCGAGGAUCACUGGUGCUAUGGAACAAACUUACGGACUUGUCAACAGGGCAUUUUCCCUUCAGCGCACGUCUGUGAAAUAGAUAUUGUUGAGGAGAUUUGUAUGGGAGCAUUACCGACAAAUGCAAAUCAGACCAUGGAAAACGAACGAGAUACGUUCUACCUGACAAUGCUUGCAUCUAUCGAAGUUGCACACCACAAAGGCAACGAUGUCUUAAUACAAGCCAUGAAUAAGGUUCUUAGCUUAUAUCAAAAUAAAGAGGAAAUCAUUGUGCCGCAAACUGUCUUAAUGGAAGUUUCUUUUCGUGGUAUCCAUAUAAUUGACAAAAGGAAGAAAAAUUUCUUUCAAUGUCCCACAUUCGACUUUUUCUACAGUCUGCAAAAUAUUUCCUUCUGUGGCGCUCAUCCGAAACAAUUGAGGUAUUUUGGCUUUAUCACUAAACAUCCCCUGCUACCACGAUUCGCCUGUCAUGUGUUCUUGUCCAAUGAAUCCACACAACCAAUUGUUGAAGCAAUUGGGCGUUGUCAUCACGAUAAAUCUGCUAGUUUCAGACGAGCCUUUAAACGUUCCUACGAUGAGUAUAUGGCGUUUGCGCAUCCAACAGAGGAUAUCUACUUGGAGUAG